GUUGGUGAAGUGGAGAGCAUGGCGGCGUCUGGGAAGAGAAAACUUGCUCAGCUAAACUUGGAUGAAUUCUUGACCACGGGUCUGGACUCUGAAGGUGACUCUACAGAGGAAAGAAAUGACGAAGUAUUAGAGGAGGAAGUCAAAACCAAACAUGUGAAAGCGAAAAAGAAGAAAGGGGCAACAACUGAAACUAAAGAAAAGAAGGUGAAGAAAAAAGGCAAUGCUUCGGAGCAUAAAGACCAGCUGUCUCGUCUUCAAGAUAAAGAUCCUGAAUUUUACAAGUUUUUAAAGGACAAUGACCAAACUCUCCUCAACUUCAAUGACUCAGAUAGUUCAGAUGAAGAAAGUGGUGUUCACCAGCUGCCAGAUCACCUAGAGGAAAAGAACGAAGAUGAAGGUGCAAGCGAUACAGAAGAAAAGCCUAAGAAAAAGAGAAAACUAGAGCAAAUUACCGUUACCAUGAAAAUGGUGCACAAGUGGAAGUCAGAAGCUAAGACGGACCUAAGGCCACGCCUCUUUCAUGAAAUUGCUCAAGCUUUCAAAGCUGCAGUGGCAACAACCCAAGGAGACGAGGGUGACGAUCCCAGCAGAUUUAAAAUAAUUGACACUGAAGUCUUCAAUGCGCUGGUGACAUUCUGUAUCAGAGACCUCUUUGUUCGCCUAGAGAAGAAACUUGAUCUGAAGCCUGCCAAAGGAACAAAGUUAUCAAAUCCAUCAAGCUGUGCUCUUUGGAAGAAGCUACGUUUGGAUAUUAAAAUGUAUUUAAACGCUGUCAUCCAGCUCCUGACUUGUCUGACAGAAGCCACAGUUGGUGCAGCUCUCCUUCAGCAUGUGAACAACACUGUGCAUUUUUACCUUUGCUUCCCGAAACACACCCGUCAACUCUUGAAGCAAGCCAUUGUUCUUUGGAGUACAGGAGAAGAAACCGUCAGAGUUUUGGCAUUCCUGGUACUAAAUAAGAUCUGCAGACAUAGACAAGACUCGUAUCUCAACCCAGUGCUAAAGAAAAUGUACAUCUCCUUUGUGAAGAACUGUAAAUUUACAUCUCCCAAUGCCCUGCCCAUGAUCAACUUUAUGCAGCGUACUUUAACCGAGAUGUAUGCACUGAACGUCCAGGCCUCCUAUCAGCACAUAUUUGUAUAUGUCAGACAGUUGGCAAUUCACCUGCGCAGCGCCAUGACCCUAAAAAAGAAGGGGGCUCAUCAGUCAGUGUAUAAUUGGCAGUACAUUCACUGCUUGUAUCUCUGGUGUCGAGUGUUGAGCACAAUUCACCCCAGUGAGGUUCUGGAGCCUCUCAUCUAUCCUCUUGUUCAAGUUAUUACUGGCUGUAUAAGACUUGUUCCAACUAUACGUUACUUCCCGCUGAGGAUGCACUGCAUACGAGCCUUGACUCUACUUUCAGAGAGUACUGGAGUUUUCAUACCAGUGUUGCCUUUUAUUCUGGAGAUUUUUCAGCAAAUGAACUUUAACAAGAGGCCAGGAAGAAUUAGUGUAAAACCUAUCAACUUUGCAGUCAUCCUGAAUUAUCCAACACCAACUUGCUGGAAAAAGUGUUCAGGGAUGGGCUGAUUGACCAAAUCUAUGACUUGACAAUGGAAUAUUUGCAUACCCAGGCUCACUGCAUCGGGUUUCCUGAGCUGGCUCUGCCCUGUAUAAUCCAGCUGAAAUCUUUCCUAAAGGAAUGUAAAGUAUCCAAUUAUUGCAAGCCAAUGCGCCAACUACUGGAGAAGAUCCAAGAGAAUUCGUCCUACAUAACUAGCAAAAGACAGAAGUGUGCCUUUGGGGUGUCUGACAGGGAAGCUGUGGUCAAAUGGGAAAAAGAAACUAAAGAAGAGGGGACACCAAUGACCAAAUAUUAUACCAACUGGAAGAAACUGCGGGAGAAAGAGAUUCAGCUAGAGAUCUCUGGCAAGGAGAGGAUGGAAGAUUUAAAUUUCCCUGAAAUAAAGAGGAAGAAGUUGGAAAAAAAGGAGGAAGAUAAAAAAGAAUUCAAAGACCUAUUUGACUCUGACAGUGAUUCAGAGGGUGGCAGUGGUGGCCUGUCACUGAAAAAAGGAAAGUCAAAAUCCUAUGAUGAGGGAGAAUCUUCCAAUGAGAAUUCUGAGAUGAGCAGUGAUGAAGAAGGGGAGUAUGAGGUGGAAGAUGAUGAAAGCAGUGAUUCAGAAGGGGAAUCGCAGGAUGAAGAGGAGGAGGAGGGGGGAGAAGCCGGAGCCCACAAGAAUAAGAACCAGAAGAAAAAUAAUAAGGGGGUGCAGCGCCUCUCUCAGGCCGAUCUCAAGGAACUAGCCAAGGGGGAAAAAGAUAUUGUGCAGGAUCUGGAAUUCUCAGACGAUGAGUAA